AUGGCAAUGAUGGUCGUUUUGGCAGUAGUGGUUGUCACUUAUGGAGUCUCUCCAGGAUUUGCAAUGAUGAAGGCUGAUGAAUCUGGUGCUGUGGCUGGGGAAAACAGUGUGCUUCCACUGGACAUGGCUGAAAACUCUGUUGAUGACAACUAUGAUGGGUGCAAAGAUAAAAUGAAGGAGAGGGUAACAACAUACCUGGAGAAUGAGAAGAACAACAACGAAGUCUUCAAAGCGGUCUGGGACAGCCAAGAGAAAUAUGUCCUAAAAAAGUUUAAGGAAGGGAAAACCAAAUCACUAGAAAAAGAUCAGAUUGUAGCAAUUUAUUAUUACACCUCUGGUGAAGGUGAUGUGUAUCUUGAUUUCAACGCUGCAGUUCGAACCCAGAGACCUGAGUACAAUACCACAUUCAGGUAUCACGCACUUCACUUUCUCCUGACUACUGCCAUUCAAGAUGAAAGAGCCUUUGAGAAAAUACAAUGUCUCACUGUCUACCGUAGAGUCGACAGGUACUUUCGCCAAGAUGUUAAAAACACACAGAUUCGCUUUGGCUCUUUCACCUCAGCCUCACUGGGUGGUUACGGCAAAGCAGAGAGGUUCGGAGACAAGUCAUGCUUUGAGAUUUUCACGUGCAUGGGAGCAGAUAUCUCCCUCUAUUCUAAAUUUGGCGACUGGGAAGCAGAAGUGCUGAUUCCUCCCUAUGAGGUCUUUAAAGUCGUAGAGAUAAAGAAGAGGUCUACUAUGCAGCCAGAUCUUCCAUGUGAUGUGGUCUUUAAAGUGGAUAGUACAAAUUAUUCUGUUUCCAAGUUGAAUUGUGCUCUUUUUCCGAAGUAA